AUGACGGGCCCAAACAAGAUUGUGAAACGCACCGGACGAGACUCUAGGGGAGUUUCGCGCCCUUCGUCCGGUGGCGCUCUCUGCAAGACUUGCACGCCAUGUCGCCAGAAAAAGGUUCGCUGCGACGGCGCGCGACCCCAGUGUAUCGAGUGCAGCACAAACAACCUGGCCUGCGUGUACCCUCACGAUGCCCGACGUGAGCCCCGUCCCUCUCGUGCCCGUGUGCAGAGUCUGGAGGCGACCAUCGCAACCAUGCUCGACCACAUGAAGGCUGCCGGAAUCCUCACCCCCGAGAUGCAGGCUGCGUGGACUGCUGAACUCAUGGAUGCCGAUCAUCCUUCCCGCGCAUCUCAGGACUACACCACACAUGGCCUGAGCCGUCUGGCUUCGACCGCCGCCAUCGCGAGCCCUCUUCCGACCCCGACGGCUUCCACAGUGGCGCAAGAAAUGGGCGCCAGCUUCCUCUCCUCGCCGCCCCGAAGCAGCGUUGGUCCGACCGACAGUGAAACCAAGCCGCGACUCGACAGCUUCAACACUAUCCUCUCGCGAACAAAUGCACCCGUCGACUCGACCGAACUUGCUCCUGCAAAGUUGGUACCUCGUCCCAUCAGCAACGACGGCAACGGCGAUGGCACCGGCUUGUCACCCAGCGAAGCCCGAGUCGCUGGCGUCUUCCACGAAAAUGGCUACGUUUCUGCGGUCCACGGUCUCGCCAGUAUCAUGAACCCCACGUCCCGCGCCCAGCACCGAGAAAAUAUCAAUACCAUGACCCGCAAGGGCGACGAUGCCAUUUCGGCCUCGAAAGCCCGCCUUAUUAGCAAUGCUGCGCUUCAACGACAACGAGAAGCGCGCAUGUUCCGCAACCCACGAGACUUGAUGGACCUGGACGGCGUGGAUCCUGAGCUUGCCAAGCAUCUUCUCGACCUGCACUUCAACCGACAGCACUACGCCUACCUUAUCUCGUACCGACCUGCUAUCAUGGACAGUCUUGCCAGCGGCGGCGGACCCUUUGCAAACAAACUCCUUCUCAAUGCCAUCUUCUACUCGACUUCUCUAUACAGCGAUCGCCUGUGCCUACGCGCCGACCGGGAUGACCCACAAACCGUUGGCAGACGCUUCUACGAUCGAUUCCGCGAACUUCUCGUUGACGAGCUGGACAAACCUAGCAUCCCUUCGGCCCUCGCGUUGCUCUUGACCAGCGUGUCGCUCGUGUCGCAGGGUAGACCGAGCGCCGGCUGGAGUUUGUCAGGAACUGCGCAUCGCAUGAUUAUCGACUUGGGUUGCCACCUGAUGCUGGGUCCCGACUAUGAGAGCACGGGCGGUGUCACGACUGAGCGGGUACUGCGACGGGACCUGGAGCAGGAGAUGCGCAAGCGCCUAUACUGGGCCGCCUUCACCACCGAUGCUACCCAGGCCCUGUACCUCGGACGCCCCUGCAUGUUCGCCUCUGCGCAGGCCAGGGUGCCACUCCAGCUGCUCGACACCUUUGAGGAGCUCGAGGAGUGGGAGCCCUACGUCGAUCCCAAGUCUCCGGCUUCGGCUCCACCUCCAUAUGGACGUCAACCUGCCCACGCCGUGUCAACGUUUAGCAGCCUCGUGCGUAUACUGCAAAUCUCUACAAGGAUCAAUGACCUGUACGGCAUCCAGUGUGUCAAGUACACGACCGAGUACCUCCUCAACAAGAAGGAAUCGAUCGAGAGGGAGUUUGAGAAGUGGCAGAACAGCUUACCCAGCCACCUACGAUUCGACCCCGAUGAUACUACCACCAUCACGCCUCCACCGCAUCAAAUCACCCCACAUACCACGUUCCAUGCGCUCACCAUCUUGCUACACCGCGCGUUCCUUGAGGAGGGUCACCUUAGGAGGCACACCGACGAGAGCUCCAAGCGACGCGGUGAGGAGGCAUGCAUCCAGAGUGCUCUGAUGAUUCAGAAGCUGGUCCGGCGAUAUCGGGAGUCGUUUACUCUCCGCCGCGCGCCAUUCCUACUCUCGUAUGCUGUCUACUCGGCUGUCAUUGUGAUCCUUCGCCAAGAGCGUCACGAGAGAGGCCAAUUCACCGAGCCCAUCUCCUUCUUCUGGACAUGCCUCAGCGAGCUGCAGCUUGGAUGCAACUUUGGCCUCAAGAAGCCGCUCAGCGUGCUCCAAGAUAUGGUCCGUGAGUUCCAGACCACUCUGAAGGAGAGCAGUUCCGCAGGCCCGGAGCAGGGACCCCAGCCGGCAGGCCUUGACGAGAGCUUCUUUUUCCCUCUGGCCAUGACCCCUUCGGCUCCUGGUCUCGCGCCCACCACGACAGCAUCGACGGGUACGUAUGUUCCAUCUGAUUACAUCCCACAUAUGGACCAUUUCGAUCCCGCUUUUGGUACAUCACCAGGACUGCUCGACUUCUUGAACGAUCAAGAAAAGGACAUUUCUCAGGACGCGCUGUAUGGACUGUUUGCGCCCUCGCAGCCGUUCCCAUGA